AUGAAGCAACAACGGUUACAAAUUAAUCGAAAAUCCAAAAAAACCAAAAAAGAUAUUGUUCAUAUUGAAUUAGAUACAAAAUGCAGUUGUCCACAAUCAACAUCAAAUGAUAAUGCAUUAAUUCAAUUUACACGUCGUUACCUAAAAUGUCAAAGUUCGAUGCCUAUUCGUAUUAUACGUUUAUUUAUCGAAGCAAGCUUAUUUCAUUCACCAAUGACAAAAGUAUCCAUAUUCGAUUCAAAUAAUUGCUUAUUAAAAGACUCAGAUCGUCUUUCUUCAUUGAAACAUAAAUGUUCAUCAUCGCCUUAUUACAUCUCUCUUCGUUUUCAAUUGAUAAAUAAUGUAACAUCUCUUGCCAAUUGUUCUUGUUUAUCAGCACCAAUUGAACAUAAUUCAUCAUCUUCAUAUUUACCCUCAAUAAUUCAACAAGAAAACAUGGAACAAAUACUUUCAACAUGUUCAAUUAUAUCACAACCAUCACCAUUUUCAUCUUGUUUAUUACCAUCAUCAUCAUCAUCAUCAUCAUCAUUUCCAAAUCUAUUUGACAAUCCUAUAGCAAUCGCUGAUCUUCGACAUUCGACAUCGUUUUUCGUCGAUUCUAUUUUAAACAUAUCAAUGAUUAAUCAAAUAACAUCGGAACUCAGUGAAAAAUGUCUACCAUUAAUAAAACGGAAACGAUAUCGUGUACCAAAAAAAGUAAUUCCUGAACUACCAUUUGAUAUUCCUCUUGAUCUAAGAAUAAAAAACAUUCAUUAA